AUGGAAUUCCAAACAACAAGAAUAGAGAAUAAAGAUCUUUGCAAUGUUCUACUGAAAUGGUUGCAAACAUUACAUCUCAAAACUCCACAUCGAACUUUGUAUGAUAUUACUGAUGGUGUAGCACUUGCUGAAGCAUUGAAUCAAAUUUCUCCUGAAUGUUUUGAUGACAGUUGGUUUUCAAAAAUAAAAAAAGAUGUUGGAAAUAAUUGGAGACUUAAGGUUAGUAAUUUAAAAAAGAUUGUUGAAAAAAUUCAAGAUUUCUAUCAAGAUUGCGACACACAACAUAUGGGCAAUUUUGUAAAACCAGAUGUUAUAAAAAUAGGAGACCAAGAUGAUACAAUGGAAUUAGCUCGUUUAUUGCAACUCAUAUUGGGAUGUGCUGUUAACUGUCGCAAUGCUCAAGAUUAUAUAACAAAUAUCAGAUCAAUGGAUGAAAAUUCCCAGACUGUAAUAAUGCAGUCCAUACAAGAUCUGGAAAGGAUACAAGGACAUCCGCAAAGCAUUAUAGCUACUAGCCUCGGAGUAGAUACUGAUCACCAAGAACAAAUUCAACAACUUAUUGAUGAACUUCAAUCUGUUACCAAAGCUAGAGAUCAAAUGACUCAACGCUGUCUUGAGCUUGAUUCUCAAAUAAGUUUAUUACAAGAAGAAAAAACUUACAUUUUAGAUGAAAAAAGACAUUUAGAAGAACGACUUUUAGAAAGUGUUGAAGAUCCCUUAAAGGGCAGUGGUCAGAGAAGACAGAUUGAAGAACUAAAAGAAGAAUUGUACAAAGCUGAAACGUCUAGAGACGACUAUCGAAUAAAACUCAAGACACAAGAAAGAGAUAUGGCUGAAUUAAAAACUAAAUUUGAUUUAUUACAAGAAACCGCUGGAGAAGCGAGACUUCUUAAAGACGAAUUAGAUAUUCUUCGAGAUACGGCUGAUAGAGUUGAAAAAUAUGAAUCAACCAUACAGUCUUAUAAAAAAAAACUAGAAGAAUUAGGUGAUCUAAAACGACAAGUGAAGAUAUUGGAAUCAAAAAAUAUAGCUUAUAUUCAACAAAAUAUGGAACUAGAGCAGGAAAUUAAGAAAUCCUCCGUGUGGAAAUCACAAUUAGAAAUAUAUAAAAAACAAGUUACUGAACUUCACCAUACAUUAAAUGAUGAGACAAACAAAAUUGAUAAAUUGGAAUUUGAAUCAAAAAAGUUAUUAGAAAACUUAAACACCUUGCAGAAAGAGAAAGAUAGAUUAGUUAUUGAGAGGGAUUCAUUAAAAGAAGCAAAUGAAGAAUUAAAAUGUUGUCAAACUCAAAUGAAAAAGACCAGUACACUUGAACACUCUCAAACAACUGCUAGCGAUGACAUGGAAUCAGCAAUGGACCUCAAACAGAAAUUAGUGAGGCUUCAGCAUGAGAACACAAUGCUAAAAAUGAAUCAAAAAGAACCAGAAGAAGAUAAAAUUUCGGUACUCCAAAGUAUUUUGGAUAAUACGAGACAACAGUAUAAUGAACUGCGUUUAGACAACAGAAAAGCUAAUCAAAAGAUAUUAGAAUUAGAAUCCGAAUUAAAAGAACAAACAGAAAAUACCAAUGAAUGGAAUUCCAAAAUUAAAGAACUACAAAGUCAACUACAAUGUGAAAAAGAUACACGAUCAUUGGAUAUUGAAGAAAAAAAUACGACAAUAUCAGAUAAAGAUCAAUUUAUAAAUAUUUUGCAAAAUUCUCUUCAUCAGAAAGAUAUGGAAAUACAAGAAUGGGAAGAGAAACACAAAAAAUUCAUAGAAAAAGCAAAAUCAGUUGUUAAGUCUAUGGACGCUAAAAAUGUAUCAUUAUCUGAUGUUGACAUAAGUGUAUUAGAAAAUAGACUAUUGAAAGCCAAUAAAGAAAUAAGUGAUUUAAAGAAAGAACAAGAAAACUACAAAACAUCACUAGAGAUUGAAGAAAAAUUAAUAUCCACUGCAUUUUACAAACUAGCACAAACUAAGAUGCAAGAAUCUGUUGAUCAGAGAGUAAUGAAUCAAGGACUGCUACAAACUCAAACAUUUUUAUCAAAGCACAGACAACAAACAAAUAAAACAGUAGUACAAAAUCUCGGAAAGUAUAGAGGUAAAUCUCCAUAA